AUGCCGAAACACCGUCAAAAUAGAAAUCAUAAUUCUGCUUUAUUAGAUGCUAAUGAAACUUUGAUAUUUCAAGCAAUUAAUGUGCCCUCGCCAUAUGACAUCAAUAAUGAGGGAAUUCUAAAGAAAUAUAGCCAAAUUGAAAAUACAAAAAAGCCUCCAAAUAGAUUUUUAUUAUACCGAGUAGUUAUUACCCAUAUAUUAAUCGACAAUAAUAUUCGUCUUUCUGCGAAAAGUAUUUCGCAAAUUGCAUCAAAAAAAUGGGAGACUGAAACUAACUCAAUUAAAGAAGAAUAUAAUCGAUUUGCUGAAGACAUUAAGAAUGCAUUUUUUACAAACACGGUCUCUCCUUCCAAAAAGAAAUCUAAAAAACAAUUCAAAUUUCGGUAUGAUAAACUUUGUUCGUCAUCUGCUAAGAAAUAUUGUGAAUUAGUGACUACACGAUUGGAUCAUAAUACUUCCACACCAAAUCCUUCAGAUAUUGAUUCAAUAACUUCUCCUUUAGUGAAUGGAAAUUCCACAAUUUCUGAAACAUCGUCAUUGUCCAAUAAUACAAAACUUGUAGAGUAUGACGAAGAUAACGUUAUUUUUGCAAACAUUGGUCAUGAAGCUUUGUUUUGUGAACCUGUACAGAGUUAUGAAGCUUCCAUUUCUAUGAAUGAUCCUGGAUAUUUUCCAUUAAGUAUCGAGGAUAAUUUAGAUUUUCAUGACAGUGCAGAAUAUUUUUCGAAUAAUGACUAA